ACCUACACUCCUUUUCUUCUCAACGUGGAUUGCCCUAAUUAACUCUCAUCCAUUUCUUCUUCCUCUCUUCUCUUAAUACAUUUCUCUUCUCUUUAUACACCCAAAAAAAAAACCCCAAAUUUUGUCACAGAAAUAUUCUUAAAUUUAUCAUACAUUAUUCCGUUGAUUAAUUUUUUUAAUUCAAAUUCUUUGGCGGAGCCGUUGAGAGAUUUUCCGGGAAAAUGAAGGACAGCGUGCAAAACCCUUUGCUUUUGAAAUCCUUGAACCACAUCUCUCUUGUGUGUAGAUCACUCGAGGAAUCCAUUGAUUUUUACCAGAAUAUUCUUGGCUUUGUUCCUAUUAGGAGACCCGGAUCAUUCGAUUUUGACGGUGCAUGGCUAUUUGGUCAUGGAAUUGGAAUACAUCUUUUGCAGUCUGAGAAUCCGGAAAGCAUGACGAAGAAGAGUGAAAUUAAUCCCAAGGAUAAUCAUAUUUCCUUCCAGUGCGAGAGUAUGGGAGCAGUGGAGAAAAAGCUCACAGAAAUGGGAAUAAAGUACGUGAGAGCCAAGGUAGAAGAGGGUGGAAUCUAUGUGUUUCAGUUAUUUUUUCACGACCCAGAUGGGUUCAUGAUCGAAAUAUGUGACUGUGACAAUCUUCCAGUCAUCCCAUUAGCCGGGGAGAUGGCUCGGUCAUGCUCCCGUAUCAACCUCCAGAUCUUGGGCCAGCAGACCCUGCAACCACAGCCAGUCGUACAACUCUUCAGUGGCACCACAAAACACUGAAUAAAAUUAAUUAAUUAAUUAAUUAUUAUUAUUAUUACUCGUCUUUGUUUAAUUCUACUGUGCUCUCACUCGUGAUCUGUCACGACUCAAAUUGUUUGAGCCGAUUGGGUGAGUGAGUGAGUGAGUGAAUAGUAGUAGUAUGUAGUGGGGCUGUUCAGUGUGAUGUUGGUUUUUUGUGUAGUGUUUGUGUACUGUAAACUUGUUUUGUGAUUAUAAUUAAGACAAUAAAUAUAGGGUGAUUGUCAUCAUUCUGUCUUUAGCUGGAA